UCACAACUAACAGUCACAACCCACCAGCCACCGCUCUGGUACAUAAUGGGGAGCGCUGAACUCAACAGACAAUGCUGUCUUCUCCUGGUGUCCUUCACCGUAAAGCUGCUCACAAGUGUUGCCAUAGCGACAGCCAGCAGUGAAGGACUGAGUGUUCGUGAGGCACGCGCAGCAGGUCCCGGGGUCAUAGUUCAACCCGUGGACUGUGUGCUCUCAGAGUGGAGCACAUGGACACGCUGUGAUACUUGUCAGAAGAAGAGGUACCGCUUCGCCAGACUCCAGCAGCCCUCCCAGUUCGGAGGAGAGCCGUGCAACUUCCACGGCAGGGAGGAGGAGGCUUGCAGCGUCUCUUCGCGCUACACCUGUAGCAACAUCCCUCCCUGCACGGGCUUCCUGUGCGCCUCCACAGGACGCUGCAUCCAGGAGUCUCUCCAGUGUAACGGGGACGACGACUGCGGGGACUGGUCCGAUGAGAAGGGCUGUGGCAGUGUGAAUAAGCCCUGUAAUCAGGAGGCAGACGAGUACUGGGGCAUAGAGGACCUUGCCAAGGGCAUCAACAUCCUGAACAGCCAGCUAGAGGGGGUGGUGCUGGACAACAGGUACUACGAAGGCAGCUGCCUACCUCACUACAUCCAGAAUAAGCGGUACAGGAAACCGUACAACUUGCAGCAGUAUACCCUGCAGCCAAAGGGCUCGUACGAUUACUCAUCCAAGAAUUUUGAAUCGUACUCCGAUUUCUCUGAGUACUCCAGCAGAGAGCGAAGAAGCAAAACCACUGUCUCGUUUGGCUUCAGCCUACCAGGGGUGGCGGAGUUUGGCUUCAACUAUUCCAAUGAGAAGUACUCCAAGUCAGUGAAGAAAAUUCGUCGUAUGUCGGGAAAGACCAACAGCUUUGUGCGGGUCAAGGCUGAACUGGAGCUGGCCCAGUACAUAUUGAGGUCAGAAGACCUGGUCCUGCACCAUGAGUUCCUGACGCGGCUGCGCUCCCUGCCUCAGACUUAUGUCUACGGCGAGUUGCGGCAGAUCUUCAUGGACUAUGGCACCCACUACAUCUCAGAAGCGGGUCUGGGAGGGGAGUAUGAGUACGUCCUUGUGCUGAACAAAGAGGAGCUGGCAAAAUCAGAUUACAGUUUGGAAGAUUACAAGGACUGUGUGCAGUCGGGGUUUAAUGUUGGAGCAAACAUACAAGGCGUCUAUAUAUCUGCAAGUAUGCAAAGUGGAGGAUGUGACGGCCUGCUGAAAGAAAUUGGACAGGACACAGGGUCGGAAAGUAAAGUGGAGGACUUUUUCGCCGUGGUGAGGGGCGGGAGCAGUGAAUCCAUCUCUGCGCUUGCGUCCAAGAACGUCCCUACCCCGGAUCUGAUGAGGUUGUGGGGCGAUGGCGUCUACUACAACCCUGAAUUCCUCCGCAGAACGACGCGACCUCUGUAUGAGCUGGUGACCUCCAGGGACUUUGUGGGCUCUGAUCGCCUGAAGACGAACCUCCGCAGAGCCCUGAUGGAGUACCUGGACGAGAACAGCGCCUGCAGGUGCUCCCCCUGCUAUAACAACGGGAUAGCCAUCCUCAAAGGCACCAGGUGCGAGUGUAUUUGCCCUAACGGCUACUCGGGUCGAGGCUGUGAGAUCACUCAGAGGCAGAAAGCCAUCGGCAUCGACGGCAGCUGGAGCUGCUGGGGGCCGUGGUCCGUGUGUGCUGGAGGAACUAAGAGCCGCAGUCGCCUGUGCAACAACCCCGCGGCGAGGAACGGGGGCGCGGACUGCUGGGGACUCCCGCAGGAGUCCACCGGGUGCUGAACCCCUUGCAGUGGACACCUCAUAAGAAAAGUCAGAAGGGCAGAGAAAUACCCAUUGUUGGCAUGGGAUUCAUAUUCAUUUUGUUGAACCACUGUCGGGAUACUCAUGGGUCAUUUACAGUGUAGUAUAAAUAAACACAUUGGUGCAAUAAAUGGUGCAAAAUG